UCCAGCAUGUCAUCGACAAGGCAACAGAAGACCACAUUCAUGGGAUCUAUGACCACUCAGACCAAGGACACAUACAAAAUCCCCACUUCAACUCAACCAGCAACCAUAUCCAGUGCACCUAUGACUGCACAGCUGUGGUCAGCCUCCACUGUCUCCACAACAGCUCAGCAGGCAACAAUGUCCAGUGCAUCUACAAGUACUCCGCCAAGCACAAAGUCUCCCCAAAAUACAACCCCAUCCAUUGGAUCUAUGAUCACUGAGCCUAGAAACAUGUCCACUCAAAAGGCAACCAAAUCCAAUACACCUACAACGAUGCUGCUGGCGUUAAUAUCCAGCUCCACCACAACUCAACAGGCAACCACAUCUAGCCCAUCCAAGACCACUGAGCAGACACCCAUAUCCACCAGAACUUGGAUGACUCAAGAGACAAUCACAUCAGCAUCUACAGAGCCACAAAGCACAUCCAGCAAGUCACUGACCCCACAGCACAGAACCUCAUUCACAAGAUCUAAGACCAGUCAGACAGCGACCACAUCCAGAUCCUCCACAUUGACUCAAGAGACAACCUUAGCCAGUGCAUCUUGGAUGACUAAGCCAAGGACGACAUCUGGAUCCUCGAUUUCCACUCAAAAGACAACCAUAUCCAGUGCACCUACAUCAACACAGCUAAAGUCAACAUACAGCGCCCCCACAACAACUGAGCAGGCCACCACGUCCAGUGCAUCUACAACCAUUCUGCCAAAGACCACAUCCAGGUUUUCCACGGCUACUCAAAUGACAACCAUAUCUAGUGCAUCUACGACUAUGCAGCUUAUGUUAACGUCGAGGGCCUUCACAACAGCUCAGCAGGCAACAAUGCCCAGUGCAUCUACAACCACUCAGUCCACGACCACAUCCAUAUCCUCCACAACCGCUCAGCAGGCAGCCACAUCCACCAGAACUCCAAAGAGUCAGGAGACAAUUUCAUCUGCGUCUUCACAGCCAUCAAGCGCAUCUAACGUGUCAUUCACCACUCAGCAGAGAACCACAUUCACCGGAUCUAAGACCGCUCAGUCAAAUACCACAUCCGGAUUCUCCAGAGCUUCUCAGCAGACAACCACAUACAGCAUAUCGAAGAUCACUCAGCCGAGGAUCACAUCCUCUCAAAAAACAAUUAUAUCCAGUGCAUCGACGACUAUGCAACUGGGGUCAGUAUCGAACACCUCCACAACAUCUCAUCAGGCAACAACACCCAGUGCAUCUACAACCACUCAGCCAAGGAUCACAUCCAUUCGAAAGACAACCUUUUCCAGUGCAUCUAUGUCUACACAACUAAGGUCAAAAGUCAGUGCCUACACGUCGACUGAGCAGACAACCACAUCCACCAGACCUCCCGACACUCCACAGACAAAUAUAUCUGUAUCUAAACAGCCACAAGGCACAUCCAGCAUGUCAUCGGCCAUGCAGCAGAAGACCAUAUUCAUGGGAUCUAUGACCACUCAGCCAAAGGACACAUACGGAAUUUACACUUCCACUCAGCAGACAACCAUAUCCAGUGCACCUAGAACCACUCAACCAAGGACUACAUCUGGAUUGUCCACUUCCACUCAAAAUACAAUCGCAUCCAGUGCAUCUAUGACAAUGCAGUGGAUGUCAACAUCCAGCACCUCCACAGCAACUCAGCGGGCAAUUACGUCUGCAACCACUGAGGAGACAACCACACCCACCAGAUCUCUGACCACUCAAGAGACAAUUACAUCUGCAUCUACGCAGCCACCAAGCACAUCCAGCAUGUCAUCGACCAUGCAGCAGAAGACCACGUUCAUGGGAUCUAUGACCACUCAGCCAAAGGACACAUACAAAAUUCCCACUUCCACUCAACCAGCAACCAUAUCCAGUGCACCAACGACUACACAGCUGUGGUCAGCCUCCACUGUCUCCACAACAGCUCAGCAGGCAACAAUGUCCAGUGCAUCUACAAGUGCUCCGCCAAGCACAAAGUCUCCUCAAAAUACAACCCCAUCCAUUGGCUCUAUGAUCACUGAGCCUAGAAACAUGUCCACUCAAAAGGCAACCAAAUCCAAUACACCUACAACGAUGCUGCUGGCGUUAAUAUCCAGCUCCACCACAACUCAACAGGCAACCACAUCUAGCCCAUCCAAGACCACUGAGCAGACACCCAUAUCCACCAGAACUUGGAUGACUCAAGAGACAAUCACAUCAGCAUCUACAGAGCCACAAAGCACAUCCAGCAAGUCACUGACCCCACAGCACAGAACCUCAUUCACAAGAUCUAAGACCAGUCAGACAGCGACCACAUCCAGAUCCUCCACAUUGACUCAACAGACAACCAUAGCCAGUGCACCUUGGAUGACUCAGCCAAGGACGACAUCCGGAUCCUCGAUUUCCACUCAAAAGACAACCAUAUCCAGUACACCUACAUCAACACAGCUAAAGUCAACAUCCAGCACCUCCACAGCAACUCGGCAGGCAAUUACAUCUGCAACCACUGAGGAAACAACCACACCCACCAGAUCUCUGACCACUCAAGAGACAAGUACAUCUACAUCGACACAGUCAGCAAGAACAUCCAGCGCAUCACUGACCAUGCAGCAGAAGACCACAUUCACAGGAUAUAUGACCACUCAGCCAAAGAACACCUACGGAAUCUCCACUUCCACUCAACACACAACCAUAUCCAGUGCACCAACGACUACACAGCUAAGAUCAACCUCCACUGUCUCCACAACAGCUCAGCAGCCAACAACAUCCAGUGCAUCUAUGACCACACAUCCAAGGACGACAUCCCCUGAAAAGACAACCAUAUUGAGUGCAUCAACAUCAAGGCAGCUGAGGUCAGCAUCCAGCACUUCCACAGCAACUCAGCAGAUAACUAUGUCCAGCGCAUCCACAUCCACUGAGCACGCAACAUCCACCAGAUUUCCAGCUACUCAGGAGAAAACUAUAACUGCAUCUACACAGCCACAAAGCACAUCCAGCAUUUCAUCGACCACUCGGCAGAGGACCACACUCACCAGAUCAAUGAUCACUCAGCCAAAGGACACAUCUAGAUUUUUCACUUCCACUCAGACAACCACAACAACUCAGCAGAAAACGAUGUCCAGUGCACCUGGAACCACUCAGCCCAGGACCACAUCUGGAUCCUCCACAUCCACUAAAAAAAAAGUCACAUCCAGUGAAUCUAUGACAAUGCAGUGGAUGUCAACAUCCAGCACCUCCACAGCAACUCAGCAGGCAACUUGGCCCACCACAUCCACGUUCACUGAGCAGACAGCCACACCCACUAGAUCUCUGAUCACUCAGGAGACUACAUCUGCAUCUACACAGCCACCAAGCACAUCCAGCAGGUCACUGACCACUCAGCAGAGAACCACCUUCACUGGAUCAGUGACUAGUCAGCCAAAGACCACAUCCAGUGCAUCUAUGACUAAGGAGCUGAGGUUAGCAUCCAGCUGCUCCACAACAGCUCAGCAGGCAACCAUAUCCACCAGAAUGCCAAUGAUUCAGGAGAAAACCACUUCUAAGGCAUCAGCAACCACUUGGCCAAUGGUCACAUCCAAAUCAUCCACGUCCACUCAGCCACCAGCUGCAUCUAGAGCCUGCAAAACCCUUCAGCAUGCAGCCACCUUCACCAUGUCUACAAGAACUCCAGCAACAACCACAUAUUCAUCUGUACAGUCAAAAACCACAUCCAGUGCGUCAAUGUGCACUGAGCAGAGAAUCCCAUUCUUCAGAUCUAAGAUCACCCAGCCAAGGACCACAUCCAGAUUCUCCACAUCCACUCAACCGACACUCAUAUUCAGUACUCGUAUGACUACACAACUGAGGUCCACAUCCAAUGCCACCGCAACAGCUCAGCAGGCAACAACUUCCAGUGCAUUCACAACCACUGAGCACACAACCACAUCCACCAGAACUCUGAUUACUCAAGAGACAACUACAUCUGCAUCUACAGAGCCACCAAGCACAUUCAACACGUCAUCGACCACUCAGCAGAGAACCACAUUCACUGGUUCUAAGACCACCCAGCCAAGGACCAUAUCCAGAUCAUCCACAUCCACUCAACAGACAACCACAUUUAGUGCAUCUGAGAUGAUGCAGCUGAAGUCAGCAUCUAGCGUCUCCACAACAGCUCAGCAGGCAACUGCAUCCACCAGAACUCGAAUGACUCGGGAGAUGAAAUCUGCAUCUAUACAGCCACCAAGCACAUCCGGUAAUUCCGAGGAGGAUGACGACGGUAAUUCCAAGGAGGAUGGCAACGAUGAUUCCGAGGAUGAUGGUGAUGAGGAUUCUGCAGAGGAUGGCGACAAUGACACUGAAGAGGAUGGCGACAAUGACACUGAAGAGGAUGGCGACAAUGACACUGAAGAGGAUGGCGACGAUGACACUGAAGAGGAUGGCGACGAUGACACUGAAGAGGAUGGCGACGAUGACACUGAAGAGGAUGGCGACGAUGACACUGAAGAGGAUGGCGACGAUGACACUGAAGAGGAUGGCGAUGAUGAUUCUGUAGAGGAUGGCGACAAUGAUACCGAGGAGUAUGGCGAUGACGACUCUGAGGAGGAUGAUGAUGACGAUUCCAGCAAUGAUGAGGAUUCCACAACAGCUCAGCAAGCAACAACUUCCGGUGCAUCCACAACCAUGAAGAAGACAACCACAUCCACCAGAAAUCUGAUUACUCAAGAGACAACUACAUCUGAAUCUACACUGCCACCAAGCACCCCCAGAAUGUCACUGACCACAAAGCAGAGAACCACAUUCCAUGGAUCUAUGACCACAAGGACCACAUUAAGAUCCUCUACGUCUGCUGAACAUACAACCUUUUCCAGUGCAUCUCAGAUGACUCAGCCAAGGAACAUAUCUGGAUCUUUGACAUCCCCUCAACAGCCAACCACAUUCAGUGAAUCUACGACCACUAAACCAAGGACCAUGUCUGCUCAAAAGACAACUACAUCCUAUGGAUCUACGACUGUGCAGCUGAGAUCAACAACCAGUGCUUCCACAACGGCUCAGCAGGCAACCACGUCCAGUGAUUCUAUGACCACUCAGCCAAAGACCACGUCCAUAUUCCUCACAACAUCUCAACAGGUGACUACAUCCACCAGAACUCCAAGGACUCAGGAGACAACGACAUCUGCAUCUGCACAGCGACCAAGUACAUCCACUGAUUCCAAGGAUGACGAUGAUUCCGAGGAUGAUGGCGACAAUGACUAUGAUGAGGAUGAGAGCGGAGAUUCCGAGGAGGAUGUCGACGAAUAUGCCAAAGAAGAUGACAAUAACGACAACGAUUCCGAGGAUGAGGACAAUGAUGAUUCCGAGGAUGAUGGUGAUUCCGAGGACGAUGAUUCCAACUUCGUUCAGAAUCGCACAACAGCUCAGCAGGCAACAACUUCCAGCGCAUCUACAACCCCUAAGCAGACAGCCAUAUCUAGUGCACUUACAACUGCACAGCUUAGGUCAAUAUCCAGCGCCUCCACAACAGCUCGCCAGGCAACCACAUCCAGCAAAUCAAUGACCAGUAAGCAGAGAUCCGCAUCAACCAAAACUCCAAUGACUCAGGAGACAAGGACAUCUGCAUCUGCACAGCGACCAAGCACAUCCAGCAAUUCCAAGGAUGACGACGACAAUGAUUAUGAGGAGGAUGAGAGCGGAGAUUCCGAGGAGGAUGUCGACAGAGAUGCCAAAGAAGAUGACGACAACGACGAUUCCGAGAAAGACAAUGACGAAUCCGAGGAUGAGGACAAUGAUUCAGAGAAUGAUGACAAUUUCGAUGACGAUUCUGAGGAUGAUGGCGAUUCCGAGGACGAUGAUUCCAAUUAUGUUCAGAAUUCCACAACAGCUCAGCAGGCAACAACUUCCAGCGCAUCUACAACCCCUAAGCAGACAGCCAUAUCUAGUGCACUUACAACUGCACAGCUUAGGUCAAUAUCCAGCGCCUCCACAACAGCUCGCCAGGCAACCACAUCCAGCAAAUCAAUGACCACUAAGCAGAGAUCCGCAUCAACCAAAACUCCAAUGACUCAGGAGACAAGGACAUCUGCAUCUGCAUAGCGACCAAGCACAUCCAGCAAUUCCAAGGAU